ACUAAUGUGGAGAUAGAGGAGAAAUUGCCCCUGACAGUGAUUGUAGAGGAUGUCAAUGACAAUGCUCCAGAGUUCGUAGGCCCUUUACAGUUUAUAGUUCCUGAGCACUGUAGUGCAGGGACUGUGGUGGGAGUGGUGAGUGCAACUGACAGAGACGACAUUUACACCAACCAUGUGAAGAUUAAAUAUACACUCGUAUCUGGAUCAGACAUGUUUACCAUUCAUCCAGAAACAGGUGUCAUCACAACAACAACCAACACCCUAGACAGAGAGUUAAAAGACAACCAUGUGGUGACUGUAAAAAUCCAGGAUAUGAAUGGUGCACCAAAUGGUCUGUUUGCUACAUCAACAGCAACAAUUGCUCUGAGUGAUAUUAAUGACAAUCCACCAACCUUCAUGAAAUCAUCUUAUAAAGUCACUGUGCAAGAAAAUGAAAGUGAAAAACGUUUACUUCGAAUUCCUGUUCAAGAUAAAGAUUUGAUAAACACAUCGAACUGGAUGUCACAGUUUGUCAUUACUAAAGGAAAUGAAAAUGGAAAUUUCAGGAUAGUUACUGACCCCCAAACAAACGAAGGGCUUUUGUACAUCUCAAAGCCAUUAGACUAUGAGAAGACCAACGAUGUCCAGCUUCAGAUCACUGCACAAAAUGUAGCAUCACUGAAUGGCAGCAGUGCCACGUGGCAGUCCAUCCCUGUGAAUGUCAAUGUUGAAAAAGUGGAUGCAGGCUCUGUGUCCUUUGGACUACUGGGAAUUAUGACAAUGCUGUGCCCUGUGGUCCUGCUCCUGAUGCUCUGUGAGUCUCCCAUUGUGAUUAAGUUGUAA